AGCUUGGGAGAAGGUCGGGGGAGAAGGACGAUGGAGGAGACUCUCAGCUGUGGCCCUUUGAGGAGGCCCGUUGGGAGUGUGGAGACCGGGGGUCACGGCUAGAGGACUCCCUGAGGUCCUGUCCCCCGGGCCACUGUGACUGGGUUUGCACUGGAGUGGAAGGUGCUGGAAGGCAGACCGGCCGCUAUGUCCACAUUCAGGCAGGAAGAUGUGGAAGACCACUAUGAGAUGGGGGAGGAGCUGGGCAGCGGCCAGUUUGCGAUUGUGCGGAAAUGCCGGCAGAAGGGCACCGGGAAGGAGUACGCGGCCAAGUUCAUCAAGAAGCGCCGCUUGUCGUCCAGCCGCCGGGGGGUCAGCCGGGAGGAGAUCGAGCGGGAGGUGAACAUCCUGCGGGAGAUCCGGCACCCCAACAUCAUCACGCUGCACGACAUCUUUGAGAACAAGACCGACGUGGUGCUCAUCCUGGAGCUGGUCUCGGGCGGGGAGCUCUUCGAUUUCCUGGCGGAGAAGGAGUCGCUGACAGAGGACGAGGCCACCCAGUUCCUCAAGCAGAUCCUGGACGGCGUCCAUUACCUGCACUCCAAGCGUAUCGCCCACUUCGACCUCAAGCCAGAGAACAUCAUGCUCCUGGACAAAAAUGUGCCCAACCCGCGGAUCAAGCUCAUCGACUUUGGCAUCGCCCACAAAAUCGAAGCAGGGAACGAGUUCAAGAACAUCUUUGGCACCCCGGAGUUCGUGGCUCCCGAGAUUGUCAACUACGAGCCCCUGGGUCUGGAGGCGGACAUGUGGAGCAUUGGCGUCAUCACCUACAUCCUUUUGAGUGGCGCGUCACCAUUCCUGGGAGAGACCAAGCAGGAGACCCUGACCAACAUCUCGGCCGUGAACUACGACUUUGACGAGGAGUACUUCAGCAACACCAGCGAGCUGGCCAAGGACUUCAUCCGCCGGCUGCUCGUCAAAGACCCCAAGAGGAGAAUGACCAUUGCCCAGAGCCUGGAGCAUUCCUGGAUCAAGGCGAUUCGGCGGCGGAACGUGCGGCGGGAGGACAGUGGCCGCAAGCCGGAGCGGCGGCGCCUGAAGACGGCCCGCCUCAAGGAGUACACCAUCAAGUCGCACUCGAGCAUGCCCCCCAACAACACCUACGUCAACUUCGAGCGCUUCUCCAAGGUGCUGGAGGAGGUGGCAGUGGCCGAGGAGGGCCUGCGUGGGCUCGAGCACAGCCGGCGCCUGUUCCACGAGGACAUCGAGGCGCUGACGGCAAUCUACGAGGAGAAGGAGGCCUGGUACCGUGAGGAGAACGAGAGCAUCGGCCAGGACCUGCGGCGGCUGCGCCAGGAGCUGCACAAGACGGAGGCGCUCCAGCGGCAGGCCCAGGAGGAGGCCAAGGGCGCCCUGCUGGGGGCCAGCGGGCUCAGGCGCCGCUUCAGCCGCCUCGAGAACCGCUACGAGGCGCUGGCCAAGCAGGUGGCCUCCGAGAUGCUAUUUGUGCAGGAUUUGGUGCGCGCCAUGGAGCAGGAGAAGCUGCAGGGGGGGGAGUGCAGCCUCCGCUAGGGCCGCUCGGGGCACAGUGUCCUGCACCCCGGGGGGAGCCCCCCGUCACCCUGGUGUGGCCCUGGAUGCGCUCCACAUGGUCCAGGAGUCCACGGCUGAGGGGAGGGCUUUGGCCCGGCUCUGCACCAGGAGGAUGUGGCUGAUGUGGGCCUUCUCUGUGCAACCCGAGUCUUCCCCCCACAGGCCCCAGCUCAGCCCCUCCCUCCUGCAUCUCGACUCUGGGGGCUUCUGGGACAGCAUCACCACAGGAACUCUGCAAGAGGUUGACACCACCAAGGCAGCUCUGGCCGUGGUGGACACAGAUGCCUCACACGUGGCAGGGUGUAGGGGUGGCAGCCUCCAUGUGCAGGGCCUGGGUCAGCGGCUGCAGGACCUCCAUGUGGUCUGAGUGCUUGGAGCCUUGGUGUGGGGACGGGGGUGUCUGAGUGCCCUGGGCUCGCCCCUGGGGCUCAGACUUGGAGGGGCCUCUGCUCGACACCCCGGCUCCUCCUGUUCUGGAGACGGAUGGCUGCUCCUCCAGGGUCCGUGGUGGAGGUGGUCUCUGAGCCCAGUUCUUCAGAUACCCCAGCCCCUCGCAGGGCCCCCAGCCUGGGGCUGGGCACCAGGGCCAGAGCUGAGGAGAUGACGCAGCCCUCGAGGAGGUGUGGGUCUGGGGGUUGUACUGGGGGCAGUGUGUGGCAGGGCACAGCGCCUGGAUGCAGUAAAGGAAACAUCUGCAAAGCUGAGUCUCUACUCUCUCCCUGAGGCAGGCCCGCUGGGGGCCGGGAAGGGGGGAAGAGCUGUGGCCGCCUGGAGCCUCCUGCAGCGGCAGGCUGUGGAACCAUCCCCUCCUCUCCAGCUCCCUGUCAACGCACAGCGCUGACUCUUCGGCGGGGGUCCCACCCACUGCCCUGCCCCGUGUCACUCCCUCCCCCAGUGCUGCCUUCAGGACAGCACCUCUCGGGUGGGCCCCACGGAGUAGCUGCUGGAGGCCCGUGUUCCCAGCGUCCCCUCCCUGGAGAGCCCCAGGGCCCCUUACAAACGCCCCACCCCAUGCUCUGUGCCGCCUAUUUGACUGCCUCUGCUGGCCUGGUGUUUUCAGGGACUCCCUCUCCGGUGGAGGUGGAGCCUUGGAGGUGGAGCCUUGGCGAGUGCUGGCCUGGACCGCAGGGUUAAGAGGGUUUCAGCGGGCAGUGCCGCUGUGCGCCACUAGGUGCUGCCCUGGAGCGGGUUCUUGCGCCCCAGAGAGAGUGCCCUGAGAGCCAGGCUUCAGUGGAACGUGGGUCUCCGGCUGGUGGCCACUCUGAGCUCGGAGUUCUCUGCUGCUGGUUGUGUUAAUUGAGGGACCCCUGUGCAGCCCCCCUUGGCCCGAGAGGAAUCCUCAGGACAGAGGCCAGCCCAGGCUGAGUGCAGGGAGGAGCUGGGCAGGCGGGCAGGUACUCCACCUGUGGCCCUGGCUGGGGCUCAGGCCCAGGACCCUGCGGGGCCGAGGAGGCCUUGGGACCUAGAUGUGGGCUUGGCGUGGGUGGGGGUGGGCCCGCUGUACGCCCCUCGUGAGCUCCACUGCAUGACACACACACCUCUAAGCGUAUGUGUGCUGCUCGGAGGCGUGUGUGUCAGCUUAGAGGAAGUGAAGCGUGGCUUCCCUGGCGUCCUGCUCGUCUCUGCUUGGGCCCGGGCAGGGGCGGCCAGCCUUGGCAGUCACCUGGUGCCACGGCCUCUCCGCCCUCUUGUGUCUCCCCCUCUCUGUCACUGCCUGCUCCCACAGCCCUGGGGGACCUUGGAGGCUGCUCCAACCUUGGGGCUCAGGUGGACUGGGCCUCUUGUUGUUGCCGUGAGGUGGAGGCGUCCAGGCAGCUAGAGUGAGUUUGGAGGGGUUUCCUGUCCCUUGGCUCCUCCUGAGACGCUGCUGGAUCACAUGUGGGCUGCCCUGCACCGCGCUGGGCCCGCCCGGAGGAGAUGUCCUUGCCGCUCCUGCUCCCACUCGCCUCGGCCUCUGGGUCUGGAACGUGGUUCCAAAGAGGGCCCUUCUGACCCUCUUCCUCCUUCCCAGCGGCCUGCUCGACCUUCUGUUGCCUCGUUCCAUGCAUCCCUCCCCGCACCGGUUUUUUAAAACUAAAUUUAGAAAAAUUGAGAUAAGGCUUACUGUACAAUUCAUCCCUUUUCAUUUGUCUGUUUUUGACCAACAACUUCCACUUUUAAAAUCUCAGUAAAUUUCAGUUUGUCGAAUGGUUGGACCCACUCAGGUUUCUCCAGUUGGUCUGUGAUUCCUCCACAGCUGUCACCUGGUUAUUAGGCCUUCAAGGCAGGGCUCUGAGCAGCAGAUCCCCUGAUGGUGCGUUGCAAAGCGCGGUCGGCCCACGGCAGGAAAGGGGCACCCAGCAUGGAUAGUUGUAUAACAUCAGUAGGCUGUGGUCUGGGUGCCUCUGAUGGGAAGGGAGGAGCUUCCGUGCAGUGCUAGAGGGUCUCCAGACCCCGAGGGGGUGAGCCGGAGGCUCCCUGAAGGCCUCAGGGGACCAGUGAAUAGCAUUCAUCCAGCCGUCAUUUCCCCAGUCAUGCCAGUUCUGUGGGCCCCACGUCAGGCCCUGGGAGAUGGCGGUAGGAGGUGGAUAUGAUGGUCUGUCCCGAUAGGGGCAGGGGCGGGGCCCUCACCCAUCCAGCCUUUCUGAUGGAGACUUCUGGGUAGAAACCACGUUUCCCUUUGGACUCACACCUGCCCUUUCAGUAUCCAAAGCACCUCUGUGCUGAGGGCAAAUUCCCCAGAGUCUUCAGUGGGUAACAUGAGCAGGUGUCUUUGUUUUGGAGAUUACCUCUGCCCCCUGACCCGGGUUAUCUUGCUCAGUGCAGCCUCGGCAUCCUCAAUCUGUCAGUUAAGGGCACAGGGAACCACACUUUGUGGUCAUAAAGCACCUCCCAGUGUAUCUGGCCCAUGCAAGCACUUACAAAUAGUGCUGUCUCUUUGUAGAGCCCCUGGGGCUGACGUGCUGUUAUUAAUGUUGUCUGUGGCAGGCAGGCCCCAGAGUGGCCCCCAUGUAGCCCCGCCUCCUGCUCCCCACCCCCUGGAGAGCAGGCUGGCCUCGUGGCAGGUUCUGACCAACAGAACUCUGGGAAAGUGAUGGAGUCGCUUCCGUGGUUAGGCUGCACAGCCUAUGAUUUCCAUCUUGCCAGCUGACUCCCUUGCUGGCUUUGAUGCAGUGAGCCGUCAUGUUGGACAGGCCCACGUGGCAAGGAACAGCCAGCAAGCAGCGAAGCCCACCGACCACGUGAGGGGUCCUAACAGUGGGCCCCUCCCUAGUCGAGCCUUUGGAUAAAACCCAGCCUGGACUGACAACCUGGAUUGCAGCCUCCUGAGGGACCCUGAGCACAGGACCCAGGUAAGCCAAUCAAGACUCCUGACCCACAACUGUGAGAUGAUAACGCGUAUUGCUUUAAGGCACUAGGUUUGUGGUGCUUUGUUACACAGCAGUAGCUGAGUCAUGCUGAUGAAGGUGUGCUGCAUCCACUUACAGGUUCACCGAGCAAUUCAACUCUCGCUUCCCCUCUUUUGGUACCCUGUCCCUCUGCCACGCCCUCUGCCCCUUUUCUUUCAGGGGUGUGAUUGGGGGGGCUGCAUGUUAGCACCUUCUGCUCUGAGGAGAGAGGGCUCCCAGCAGGUCUGCAGAGCGAAGGCUCCCCACAUCUCUUUUUUGUUUGUUUGUUUGUUUUUUAAAUAUUUAUUUGGUUGCACCAGGUCUUAGUUGCAGCACGUGGGCUCAGUUGCAGCACACGGGCUCCUUAGUUGUGGCAUGCGAACUCUUAGUUGCAGCAUGCAUGUGGGAUCUAGUUCCCUGACCAGGGUUGAACCCGGGCCCCCUGGAUUGGGAGGACGGAGUCCUAUCCACUGCACCACCAGGGAAGUCCCCCCUGCAUCUGGUUUUGCUCUUAUGCAAAGUGGAAAUGUCUUCUUGCCUGCUUCUUGAGACGGAUGCUGGGGGAGCCGUGAACCCUGUCCCUGCAGCUGGCGAGAGUCAGGCUGGACCUGCCCCGAGGUUCGCUUAGGGUUUGGCUGCCAUGUGCAUGAAGCUCGUUGCAAGGAAGGUGUUGAAAGCCCGUGUUUAUCUCAGAGCAAAGCUUGCACAGAGGAUGGCGAGUGAGGGAGGCUGAGCUAUCACCGCCGGCUCCGCCCCGAAACUGCGGUGAUACCCCUCCCUGCCUGCCGCACAGUGGUGGUGCUCCCCCGCCUGUCCCCCCCGCCCCCCCGAGACGCUAUGAGGAGUAACCGGGAACCUGGAGAGCACUGUGGAAGCUGAUCAGGUCAGAGGGAUGAGACCUCAGACCAGCAGAGCUCGUGUCCCCGGGUAGGUCAAGUUCUCCAAGUGGACAUUGUGACACCAGCUGCAGAGAGAGACAGCAGCGGGCACAGGGGUCACGAUCGUGCCUCUAGACACACUCAGCCCUACACCCCCGCCGCUGGGGAGGGGAGAGGGUCUGGGAGGGCUCAGAUUUUGGGCGGUCAGCAGAGUCCAAGCUUUAUUAGAUUGAAAUCACAAGGGUCAGAGAAGGUCAACAUCAUUAUCGCUUAGGUUCCAGCUUGAUCUGGUGGCUGAGCUCUUGAGGGGGCUUAAAUUUGGCAAAACAGGGACUUCCCUGGCGGUCCAGUGCUUAAGACUUCAUGCUGUCAAUGCAGGGGGCACGGGUUCCAUCCCAGGUCGGGGAACUGAGAUCCCCGCAUGCCGCGGCAGGCAGUAAAUAAAUAAAUUUGGCAGAACAGCUCAAGAAAGUGCUUCUGGCGAGUCUUUACAACUGAUUUAUUAUCUUCGCUGUUGUUCCUUUUCUUGUCUGAUAACAGUCUUUCAUCCCUGCAUUCUUUUGUUUCCUUAAGCUCACUAGUUAUUGAGAUCUGUUCAAGGACAAACACUGUGGCCAGGCUUAGAUCCCAAAAUGGCUUAGGCCAAAAAAUGGCUUCUCUGAUGUCAAGAAAGCCGCGUCUGAUUCUGUUUCUCGGACCCGUACCAUAUCUGCUUACAUCCCCUCCCUCAGGCCGGGGUGCAUCACUGGUGAGGCAGCCUGGGGCUGUGGCAAAAUGCCCUCCCGGGCUGGGCAGGGACAGACCUGCUGGUCAUGGUUGGGCUGCUGAGCCAGAGGCUCUUGGGUCAGUGACUUGUAUUUUUUUUUUUUUUGGCCGCACUGCAUGGCAUGCGAGAUCUUAGUUCCUCGACCAGGGAUCGAACCCGGGCCACAGCAGUGAAAGUGCCG